UAGAGCCAGCCUCGCAAUGAACCAGCCGAGCUCCCCAUCCUCAAGAUUCGCUUUCACAAUUUUGGAGUCCGUCUACUCACCCUGACCAUGAAGAGACAAAACGUGAGGACCCUUGCGCUCAUCAUUUGCACGUUCAUCUACCUGUUAGUCGGUGCGGCUGUCUUCGAUGCCUUGGAAUCUAAGAAGGAGACGACUCAGAAGAAGAAAGUGUACGACAGAAAACAAGAGCUUAGGAACAAAUACAAUCUCACUAAACUCAACUUCGAUGAACUCGAGGAAGUGGUGUUGCAGCUGAAGCCUCAUAAAGCCGGGUUACAGUGGAAAUUCGCUGGAUCAUUUUACUUCGCAAUCACUGUGAUCACGACCAUAGGUUACGGCCAUGCUGCCCCCAGCACAGACGGGGGGAAGGUGUUCUGUAUGCUCUACGCCCUACUGGGCAUCCCUCUCACCCUGGUCAUGUUCCAGAGCCUGGGCGAGCGCAUCAACACCUUGGUGCGCUAUCUGCUGCAUCGCCUGAAGAACUGCCUUGGCAUGCGGCGCACCGAGGUCUCCAUGGUGAACAUGGUGGCCAUCGGCUUCAUCUCCUGCAUGAGCACGCUGUGCGUGGGUGCGCUCUCCUUCUCCCACUUUGAGGGUUGGAGCUUUUUCCACGCCUACUACUAUUGCUUCAUCACGCUCACCACCAUCGGCUUCGGAGACUACGUGGCGCUGCAGAAGGACCAGGCUCUGCAGACAAACCCCAAGUACGUGGCCUUCUGCUUCAUGUACAUCCUCACCGGCCUGACUGUGAUUGGCGCCUUCCUCAACCUGGUUGUGCUGCGCUUCAUGACCAUGAACGCGGAGGACGAGAAGCGGGAUGCCGAGCAGCGCGCCCUCCUUUCCCAGAAUGGCCAGGCAGGAGGGCACAACCACCCGGGCUGCGCCCCCGACCCGCCUUCAUCCUCCUCGGCUGCCUCAGGGUGCAGUGGGGGAGCUGGAGGAACGGGAGGACCAGGAGGGGGUGGAAACGGUGGUGUUGGGGGAGCGGGGCGGGGGCUGCGUAACGUGUAUGCGGAGGUGCUCCACUUCCAGUCCAUGUGCUCCUGCCUGUGGUACAAGAGCAGGGAGAAGCUGCAGUACUCCAUCCCCAUGAUCAUCCCCAGGGACCUGUCCACCUCUGACACCUACAUGGAGCAGGGGGAGGCCUUUUCCUCUGACGCCCUCCACCCCCUUCACUCCAACGGCUGCGUCUACAGCAUGCACCACCCCCAUUCCGUCAUCAGUUCUGUGUCCACGGGCCUGCACAGCCUCACCCCGUACAGACUAGGACACAACAAGCGGCGCAGCUCCAUCUAGAGGUCUGGAGGACUCAAUGCUUAAAAGAACCAACCCACACCUCUUGUCUACCGCAUGGAAGGACCCUAAUACUGUUGGACUAUUUUCGAUGGACUAAACCAAGAUCUAAAUCAGGGGUGCUCAACUUACAGUCCUCAGGGGAUCCCUGUCCUGGGGUGAUGUGUUUUUGCCUGGCACUUUUAAAUUAAUGCCACUGAUUUUCCAAAAACAAGAAUAGGCCUCGAAGACCGAAGUUUUGCGCCUGUGAACUAUAUCCCUGCUAUAUUUUCAGCAUCCCUUCACCGUUUGCCGUAUUUAAGGUUGAAGUUAUUGCUCUUCACCAUGUGCAGAUAGUUUGAACGAUAAGAUGACACGUUACACUGUGAGAGACAAAUAUUUUUAUGCGAAAUGGAAAGCCACAUGACUUAACAAAACCUGAUUUGAAGUUUGGUGAGUGAAGUUUGUCUCUUUUUCACAAAGAAGAAAGGGACGUAUUGAAGUGUGACUCCCAAUAAGCAUCCAUUAAAUAAAUGUAAAUAUAUUUGUAAUAUGGAUACUGUAUUUAAGCAAUGUACUUACUAGGGAAGAACCCAUUUUAUUAGUGAAAGUGUUCUAAAAACUAAAUUUGAUUUGCUUUAGUUUCUUACUGUAUUUAUCUCUCAAACCACAAAACCAAUCAUACAUUGUGCUACGUUUUGUCAUUUUCUUUUUAAUGCUUUUUUUCUUGUGCGUAUAAUUGUUUUACUGUAUGUUUGCUAUUCAUCUGUUUUAUGUUUUCAUAAUAGGGUUUUACUCAGAUCAUGUGGGCUCACUUUGUGCAUAGUAGACAGUCUAAUCUUGUUCACUGCUGCACUUUAUAACAUUAUUGUAUGCUUUAGGGCGCUGGAUACCAGUGCAUUACAUGGAAUUGAAGAUCCUAAUUUAUGCUAACUCACCUGAUGUUUUGGUACCUAAAUAAUAUAUUCCUAUGGAUGUCAUGCUCUUAAAUGUUGUCAGAGGGAGAUUUGAAAUGGGUUAUUUUGGCUCGUAGCCCAGCAGGCAAAAGUGGUUACAGUCACAGUGCCUUUAGAAUGUAUUCAUACCCCAUGACUUAUUCCACAUUUAGUUACGUUACAGCCUGAAUUUGGUAUAGAUUAACAAAACAAAAAACAAACAUGUAUCACCUAUCUACACACAAU